AUGCUUCGAAUCUGCGGGGCCGCGUCGGGUGACAUGCUGGCUUCGAUAAAGGCCUCUGACUUAGAUGAGAAUGCGCCCCUGAAGUCACUGAAGCAGUGGCUUCAGAAGGAGUUUGGCCUGCCAGAGUUCAUGGUGAAGCUCAUGCACGAUUGCCGGUGUUUGGAGGCUGAAGCUCAGCUACGAGGUCUUGCAGAUGCCCAGCUGGAUCUGAUUUUGUUGGACCAAAUGCCCGAUGGCGAAAAGUUCUCUCCAAAACAGCAAGGCGAAGCACUCCAUUGUCUCUGUGCUUUCCGAAGGCUCGAGGCUGCAAAGGCCUUGCUGUCGCGAGGCGCCGACCCGGACUUCAGGCUUCAUGGGGACACGCCUUUGGAUGUAGCAUUCCGACACCGCAGGUGGGAAGUUGUGCAAGUAUUGCUGGACGGUGGUGCCAAAAGGCUGGGCAACAUCGACCUGCACAACAUCAAUACGGCUCCUGAUUCGGGUGGUACCUUUCUUUACAAGGCGGCCCGAGAGGGUGCGACUCUGUUGGUGCAGUUUCUUCUGAUGGCCGGCGCGGGCAUUGACAAGGCAAGUGGAGUGGAUUACGAUACACCCUUGGGCACUGCAUGCAGCAAUGGACACCUCGACAUCGCGAGGCUGUUGCUGGAGGCCGGUGCCAACAAGCAGAAACCUCGGGGGAGUGAGCCAUUGAUGCGUGCAUGUCGAAACGGCCACGCCGACAUUGUGCUUUUGCUCUUGGAGGCAGGUACGGAUAAAGACCAGGUGUUUCGACCUCAUCUCUGCACACCUCUGAGCAUCGCCUGCGAAGGUGGUCAUGUGAAUGUGGUUAAGCUUCUAUUGGAGAAAGGUGCAAGUCCCAACAAGAUUUGCGCCACACGUGAGCCUGGUGCACUCUAUGCAGCAUCUGAGAGCGGCCGCGCAGAGAUCGUCGAGCUCUUACUGAGAUCUGGUGCCUCUAGGGAACAGGCUUGUGGGUUUGAUUUGGACAUGCCUUUGCAUGUCGCCUCUCGGAACGGCCACCGAGACGUAGUGAAGCUGCUGCAGGCAGCUAGAGCCCUACGCGAGCCGUGA